GGACUUAUGACUUGGGUGAUACCAAGGUCAUGGAUUCGAUUUCCUAUUGAGACUUGAGAGUUUAACUCGAUAAAUUAUCAGGAGUGCGUUAAUUAGACAGACAACUUUUACCCCUGAGUUUGGUUCUGCAUCAUAGUGUCUAAAGUGGCGAGAUGGUGGCUUAGAGUCUCCGGGUUAUCAAAAAAAAAAAAAAGAAUUAUAUAAUUUCAAAAGAUAAAUGUAUAAAUACACACACACACACACACAUAUAUAUAUAUAUAUAUAUAUAUAUAUGAGUCAAACUUCCCCGCUGGUUUCUUAAUUAAUCGAGCUGGAUCAGCGCUGGACUGCGUACAUCUAAAGCCAAACUCACAAUUCAACGCCCAUCUCACGGUGUCUCCAUUCUUGACCGUUUAUAUAUAGUUCAAAUAGAGAACUCAUUAACUAAUCCAGAGAGAAAUCAAGCUAGGAAGGAAGAUGAAGAAGAGCACUGCUCAUUUCGUAUUAGUGCACGGAGCAUGCCAUGGAGCUUGGUGCUGGUACAAGCUCACCACCCUGCUGAAAUCGUCCGGCUACCGCGUCACGGCUGUGGACCUCGGCGGUUGCGGCGUCAACCCCAAACGCACCGACGAGAUCGCGACGGUCUUUGACUACUCGCAGCCGCUGAUGGAGUUCAUGGCCUCUGUCCCCUGCGAUGAGAAGGUGAUCUUGGUGGGUCAUAGUUACAGCGGUCUCGUGAUUUCGCUGGCUAUGGAGAGCUUCCCGGACAAAAUCUCAGUGGCAGUGUUCAUCGCCGCUUAUAUGCCCUCUUAUAAAUCUCCUCCUGCAUCUUAUAUCCAUGAAUACUUGAAAAGGACACCAAUGGAGUCCUUGAUGGACAGCCAGUUCUUCUUUGAUGGGGGCAUGGAAAAGCCUCCCACUUCAGUCAAGUUUGGCCCAAAUUACAUGACCGCCAAGGUUUACCAACACUGCCCGCCGGAGGAUCUGGAGUUAGCAAAAACGUUGAUAAGGCCCAACGGGUUGUUCGUAGAGGACUUGACCCGAGAGUCACUGUUAACCGAGGAAAAAUUCGGGUCGGUGGAUCGGGUUUUUGUGAUGUGCGGAGGAGAUGAAGUGAUGGGGGAGGAGGUGCAGCGAUGGAUGAUAGAGAACGGCCCAGGCCCAGUAAUCACAGAGGUGAAGCUCAUAGAAGGGGCUGGCCAUAUGGUCAUGCUCUCAAAGCCCAAAGAGCUCUGCCUCUGCUUCCAACAAAUUGCUGCCAAAUAUCACUGAAUUACUAUUAAUUACCCCUUCAAUAAUUUUAUUUUGAAGUUUCUGUGAAAUUAGAUAAAGUCUUCUAAA